AUGCGUUCCAUCAGCUUUGUCAUUACGCUCCUUUUCGCCUUCAUUGCGACCUCGUACGCAUGGCCUGAACUCCACAUCCUUGAGGCACGCAAGGGCGGCAAGAAUGGAACUACGAACGGCAAUUCCGUCAACAAGGCCUGCCGCAAGAUGGCUAAGCUUGAGAAGCUUACUGCCCUCGCUGCCAACCAGACCAAGCUUGACGCCAUGGUCGCCAAGGGCAAGCUCAACCAGACCGAGGUCGAUGCCAUCAAGGCCAAAGCCGCCAACGUCACCAGCGAGCUCCAGACCAUGCAGGCUAACACCACGCUCGUCAGCACCUGCUUGGUCGUCGAUGCCCACCAGAAAGUCGUUGGCGAAUGCAAGCAGAUGAACAAGCUUACGAAGCUGGCGGCUCUGGCGAACAACCAAACGGCCAUGGACGCCUUCAUGCAGAAGAAGAACAUCACGGACAUGACGAAGCUGCAGGCGAAGAUUGCGAACGCGACCACCAAGUUGAAGACUCUGCAGAGCAACACUACACUCACGAACCUGUGCACUCAGCUAGACCAACAGAAGGGUGCAGCCAGUGAUGGUACUGCUGCUGCCUCCGGCACCGCUGGUUCGGCCGCGGCUUCUACCGGGUCAUCGAGCGGCGCCAGCGAGCUCACCCUCCAGACGAUGUCCUACAUCCUCCUUCCCGCGCUCGCCGGUAUCUUCGCCCUCUUCCUCUAA